GCCACGUCAGUAGCCACUGAUUCAGCAGGCCUUGCACCUUGCCAUGGGUCCAGCAGCAUGUGGCAAGACCAAGUUGCCCGACGAGGGCAGCAAACCUCAGCCAGCUGCGGAUGAUGACUGGAAAGAGUUGCUAACGGCAUCGAAUGUGCAAAGCGCAGCUCCGGCUCUCCAGGAAAGAGGGCAACCCUCCAGUGGCAUGUUUCAAGAUUUGGCACCGGAACCACAAGAUGAACCUUAUGAUUUGCUGGAUGAAUACGUUGAUGAUUUGCUGGGGAUCCCAAUAGAAGAGCGUCCGACCUCACAGCGACCGUCAUGGCAAGCCACGUCACCUCAAAUCGUGCUGGAGGAUGGUUCACGAGCACCUGCGACAGCGCCAACAGCAGGUGCCAAACCCAGCACGCCAUAUUUGGCGGGUGUCAUCAACGAAUGGGCCACCAUUGACAAAAAGCAGAAACCGCUUGGAACGCUUGAGCCCACUGAGACGCGUGACGGACCCGCUCCAAAGAGACGCGUGGAGAAACCGCCAUGAAAGAGUGUGCCGCAGGAA